AUGCUCGCCCUCGAGCCUGAGUCUUGGGUAUGGUACGCCCUAUCAUGGGUGAUUGUGCUGAUCCGGAUGGCCUCGCGAAAGCUUGUGCUUGGGUCAUGGAGGAAGCUACAAAUUGAUGACUAUCUGAUGCUCGUCGCCAUGGCCACCGAUACCGUGCUCAUUGUGUCUAUGAACAUCGUUGCUAAAACGUCGAGUAACCUGAUUGACCCCAAUUCGCAUGAAGAACUCACGCCCGAGAAUAUCGCCGAACGAGUCUAUGGCUCCAAGAUGGUUUUGGUUGUGGAGCAGAUGCAAUGUCUGACUAUUUGGAUGGUCAAGGCGUGCAUCUUGCUCAUGUACAACCGAUUGACGAUGAGUUUGAAGCAGAAUCUGGCAGUCAAGAUCGUGGCCGGAUACACUCUUGGAUCAUUUAUCCUGAUGGAGAUUCUCUACCUGGGAGUCUGGUGCAGACCAUUCACAGAGUACUGGGCUGUUCCCCCUGCAAGCACCCAAUGUUCGGCUGCGACAAACCAUUUGAUUACCAAUGCCGUUUUUAACCUUUCGUCCGAUAUCAUGAUCAUCUUGAUCCCUAUGCCCGUGUUCCUGAAGUCGACUCUUGGUGUCAAAAAGAAGGCUGUUCUAUGCGGUAUCUUCGCCGUUGGACUCUUCACGAUCUUGUCCGCCAUCCUCAGCAAAUACUACAGUUUUAACCAGCCCUUCGGCGUCGACUGGACCUACUGGUACAUCCGCGAAUCCUCCACCGCCAUCAUCACGGCCAACCUGCCCCUCACCUGGUCGCUCCUCCAGAAGGUCUUCGGCCUCAAGUCCUUCAAGGACUACUCGAACCCCUACUCGAACCAGAACACCAACUCCCGGUUCCGCUCGACCACGUACGGCCGGCAGAGCAACAAGCGCGGCGGCACGCGCUCCGCCAGCCAGGAGCGCAUCACCAACGUGCCCCUCAAGAUCUACCAGAAGCGCGAGGUGCAGGUUACGAACGCGCCCGUGAGCCCGACGCGCAUAGAGUCCUCGGAGGAGUCCCUGCCCCUCCCCGACCAGCUGCGGACGACGGUGCACGUGAGGGGCGGCAACGCGAGCUCGCAUAAUGAAGAGACGGCCUCGGAGAGAUAUACGCCUAUAGGUUGUCGGACUGAAUUUUGGAACAUGGCAGCCUUGGACCUGACAUCAAGCGGCUUUGUGAGCCUGCCGUUGCUAGCAUCGAGCCUUGCGCUGGUGGGAAUCGCAUACUUACUCUUCAUCGCCAUCUACCGUCUCUACUUCCACCCUCUAUCCAAAUACCCAGGCCCCUUCCUCAACAGAAUCUCCCCCCUGCCACUCUCCAUCGCCCUGCUCCGAGGCCGCCUCCCCUUCUACGUCAAGCACAUCCACGACAGAUAUGGCCCGGUCGUCCGCCUCACGCCCACCGAGCUCUCCUUCAACUCGGAGAGGUCCUGGAAGGACAUCUACGGCUCCCGCCCCGGCCACGCCAACUUCCACAAGGACCCCAUCCACGUCGGCUCCGUCCAGGCCGUCCCCGGCGCCGUCACAAUCACCAUGGCCAACGACGCCGACCACGCCCGCCAGCGCCGCGCCCUCUCCCACGCCUUCAGCACCAGGGCCCUCCUCGAGCAGGAGGCCCUCAUCACGUCCUACGUCGACGCCCUCCGCGACGUCGUGAACCGCCACGCCCGCGAAGGCCGCGUCUGCAACCUCGCCGACUGGCUCUCCUACACCACCUUCGACAUCAUCGGCCACCUCUCCCUCGGCGAGCCGUUCGGCUGCCUCGCCUCCUCCGACCUCCGCUUCUGGGUGCCCCUCAUCUCCGAGUCCAUCAAGGCCGGCGCCGUCGAGCAGGCCGCCCGCCGCCUCGCCACCACGGGCUCCUGGCUCCAGCGCCUCCUCCUCAGGCUCCUCGCGCCCGCGGGGCUGCGCCAGCAGCGCGUGCGGCACCUCGAGUACUCGCGCGAGAAGAUCCUCAAGCGCAUCGCCGCCCCCGGAGGCGGGGGCGCGCACAGGGACUUCCUCCACUACCUCCUGAGGCAGGGCGACAAGGAGAACCUGAACCAGGACGAGAUCAUCGUGAAUGGCGCGCUCUUCAUCAUCGCCGGCUCCGAGACGACGGGGACCUUCAUGACGGGGCUGUUCAGCCACCUCCUCCGCCCGGAGAACCGGCGCGCGUACGAGCGGCUGCGGGACGAGAUCCGAACCGAGUUCGCCGCGGACGGGGACAUCACCUACGAGCGGCUCUCCCGCCUGCCCUGGCUCGGCGCCGUGCUGGAGGAGGGCCUGCGCAUCUUCCCCUCGGCGCCCAUCGGCUUCACGCGCCAGGUCCCCGCGGGGGGCGGCUCGGUGGCGGGGGAGGUCCUCCCCGGCGGCACGACGGUGUCGACGUGCAUGUGGGCGGCGACGCACGCGCCCGAGAACUUUGCCGACCCGUACGAGUUCCGGCCGGAGAGGUGGCUCGACCGGGAGAAGGCGACGGAUAGGCUGGGUGCCAGUAAUCCGUUCUCGCUCGGUCCGAGGGGUUGUAUUGGUCGCAACUUGUCUUAUAUGGAGCAGAGGCUGAUUGUGGCCAAGCUGCUCUGGCAUAAUGAUAUUGAGAUGACUGGGGAUGAGUCGUGGAGGGUGUGGGAUCCUGCGAAUGACCAUGAGAAUAUGCAGGUGUUUACGAAUUGGAUCAAGAUGCCUUUGAACGUGAGGUUGAUCCCGCGGAAAAGCGAGUGA